AUGGAAACCGUAUGGAGGAAGUUGGAGGCGGCUCGCAGAGUAAAAAUCACUCCCUAUGCUCUCCUCUCAUCUCCUCCCACAGUUUCUCAAGUGCUCAACAAUGGAGCUCCUGGAGGAAGAGCCUGCGCCGUUAGCAAUGCCUCGUCUCUGCCACUCCUUCGCACUGGCAUCUACCAGCGCCGUCCUCUUCUGCGUCGCCGUUCGUGUUCGUCAUCUCCUCUACGUCGUCGUCGGUUCCUGCUCCGUCAUCCACGGUGUUGCUCCUCUGCGUCAUCGCCGCUCGUGCUCGUCUGCCAUCGCAUCCUCUGCGUCGCCGUUCCUGCUCGUGCUGCUCCUCUGCUUCUGCUACCCUGGUCCCUGGUCCUCUGUCUCUGCUACCCUGGUUCAUUUCGGCCGUUCUCCUUCCUCCACGGUGGUUCAUCUCUGCUGCUCGUCCCUUGGUUGCUGGUUUUUUAUCUGCUGAUGGACCCUUGUCCCAUUAUUUCAUAUAUGCAAGACAUUAAUUACUAUCUACUGGACCACUGCAAGAUUGGAUAUCUAAACCAGAAGAUUUUAUGCAAAUCAGAGCAGAGGUCUUUACUCCCUUUGUUAGAUCAUCCAGAGAAAGCUGAGCUUGAGUCAGUACCUGACUGCUCAGAUUCAACUGUCAAAACUAAACUCCAGUGCAUCAUGCUAAUCCAAACUGAUCUUUGGAUCUUGCUCCUGAACGUGCCUUUGCUGAUGUUGUUCUUUGCAAUUUGGUUCUCCAUCUGAUGAUCAUAAACUUUCUCAGUUAAAUUGAGUUUAUUUGCCUCCAAUUGAACCCCAAGGCUUAAAAUGAAAAGUAGAAUACAAGAAUCUUGCUUUUGUUAUAGUAUUUGUAGACUCAAUGACAUUAUGAGUUCUUGUUUAAAUAUAUUUCCGUCUUUGGAUUCUGAAUGUACAUAGGUUUGUUUUCCUCCUCAUUUAAAUGGAAUAAGGGUUAUUGGGUUA